CCUGGGACUUCAUCUGACAGAUAUAAAUGAUCGCAUGACCUUUUUAAGUCUUAAUCACACAACAUUCGACGUCACACUGCAGCGGCUUCAAUACAAAACGAAAAUCUCUUAGUGACCUAAAAGAUCACCAUGAAGAUAAUUUGUGCAGGUGUGGGAAAAACGGGUACCAAAUCCAUCGCCAAAGCCUUGCGUCAUCUUGGAUUCACUGUUUUUGACUGGGAAGAGCAAACAUUUGAUUUCCAAGACCACUGGGUCGAUGUUUUCCAAAAUGGCGCCAAGUUAGAUGUGAAGAGAGUCUACCAACAUGCUGACGCGAUCGUGGACUCUCCCGGAAGUUUUUUCUGGGAGGAAAUACUGGAAGCUUAUCCUGAUAGUAAAGUGAUUUUAAGCGAAAGAGAAGAAGAUUCUUGGUUGAAGAGUCUGGUCAAUCAACUUCAAGUCAUCGAGGAAGUGAAAUCUCGCAGGUUUUUGUGUGUUCUCUCCCCAACUUCAAGAAAAGGGUUCUUUGUUUUGUAUUCUAUUAUAAACGCUUUUCUUGGCACUGCAAACCCCAAGUCAGCUUGUAUCUUCCGUACGCGAUACCGUCAGCACAAUCACCGCGUUAAGUCGCUUGUUCCACCAGAGAAGCUGUUGGUGUACAACGUGAAGCAAGGUUGGAAACCGCUCUGUGAUUUCUUGGGUUGUGAGGUUCCAACAGUUGCCUUUCCACAUGAAAAUAUUAAGGGCGAAAUCGCUGAAGUUCUCUUGUCUGAGACAAGAUAUGGUCGGCAAGUUAUUUGGGAAAUACAGAGAGCUGUGAUUGUGAUCCUUUCUGUUAUCGUAGUUAUUGUAGGUUCAAUUUUUGUCUUUUUGUCGUAUUAACUGUGACUAUUUUGCCAACCUUUCAUUGCUGACGUAACGUUUUAAAGGGGAUAAAAUUCAAGCACUUCUGGCAUCGAAAGGAUCAGUAGUAUCUGAGUUUCAAACACAUGGAACACCAGGCGUGACAAAAAUAUUCAAAAAUAAAAUGUUGUUUGUAUCAUUGUCGGAUGUAUAUGACGGGUUUAAAAUUGCUUUUAUAUCGGCUUUACGGUGAGGUAAAUACAGGUUGAAAGCAUAUCAGGAGCCGAUUCUCCUGACCAUAUAUACCGUGUGUGGCACGAAAUUUUUGCGGGAGUUUGUUUUUGCGGAUUGGCGAUUUUUUUGUUUUGCGGGAACUAAUUUUUGCGACUAGGACAGACUGAAGUACCCAGUACCCAGCAUUGACAAUAUUUUCGUUUUUAUUGAGUACGCAGGGG